AUGCAGCUUGGGAUUAAAGCUUUCUUUGCGACGGUGCCAAGGACUGCCUCCAUCGGCAGCAAGGGCACACCGCCGUCCGAUACGAAGAACGCCGUGGCUAAGGAUGUCGUUGGUAUUGCCGCCGUCGAGAAGCCUCCAGUCGAUUCAGAGGUUGGAAAGGCUGUAGAAGAUGCGAAGGUUCCGUCGUUGUCGCCAUCUCUCCGCAAAUGUGACCCUAUCAAGGAUGAAAGCGCCUUGAAGCGCACCGACACGUGCGACACCGUCGAGACCGGGGACCAGCCCUCCGAUUCCAUGGAUACCUGUCGAGUGUCCACUUCCGAUGCUUCUCAGCAGGAUGCUUUCGAUGACGCUGACGAAUCGCCCAUUUGCCGCAAGCGCAGUCUGAUGUUCGACAGCGGCUUCGUGCCUGAAAAGUUGAAGUGCACCGACAUCACUGACGAGUUCAUCGGCGCCCACCUGGAUGUCAUUGAAGAUUUCAUCGCCCAAAGCAGCGCAGGCGGUUCGUAUACGGCUGGACAACAGGGGGGUCAGGUUGGAGAUGACGCCUCCCAAGACACUCCAAAGGGAUGCCCAACUUCGACAGUGUCACCCAACGAAAGGACUGCUUCGUUGAGCCCCGUUGAUAACGUGAUAUCCAGUAUAGGAACUCUUGGCUCGCUACGUGCCAGUGGAGCCCGUCCUCCUGAUGUAGACGACGAGCCCGUCCAAGGUCGGCGCAAGCAGGCGCGUAAGGGGGCCCGCGGAUCAUCGGGCAAAGCUGAUAGCGCGGCCUCCAAACAGGCUGAAACGAAGUACGUGGGCCACGAAGGUGAUGUUGAGGAGCUGACUUUUGUGGACCGCGGUGAGGGUGAGGGGGGCGCGGCAGUCGCCACUGCAGGCAAGCUUACCGUGGGCUCCGAGAAGUUCUCUGCAUGCUCCCAGAGCGUGGAUUGCGUCACUGAUGAGGAGCGCAAGAAGUACCUGACGUGCCCCGCCAGCCAGAAGAGUCGGUGUUUCAAGGCUUAUGUCGAACACUACUACCGUUACAACGACACUUUCGUGUUUCCGCCUUGGGUACAGAUCCGCGAGAUUCGCGACCGCAACGGGCUGCGCCCCACCGAUGAAUCCUACGACCCAAGCACGUUGUGGGUUCCCUCGCGAAGCCACCGUUGGGCGGUCGCGUUCCGCAGCUGCCAUUUCACGGAGUGCAUGCAGCAGUGGUGGUACGUGAAACAGGACCGCUUCGACCAGCUGCUAUUUUUCAAGAUGGGUCGCUUCUACGAGCUGUUUUACCACGAUGCGUGCAUCAUACAGGAGAUUUGUAACUUGCGUUGGAUGGGCUCUGAGGCCAAGCCGCACGUGGGCUUCCCCGAGAAGAGUUUACAUAUUUACGCGUCUGCCUGCGUUGCAAGGGGGUACAAGGUGGUGGUAGUCGAGCAGACUGAAACCCCGCAGCAGCUAGAGCAGCGCAACCGAGAAAGUGGGCAACGCCAGAACACCGUGUCUCGUGCUAUUUGUGAGAUCAUCACGCCGGGCACCAUCACCAGGCCCGACAUGUUGGGCACGCAGUCCAAGCAGUUGCUGCUGAUCGCAGAAGCAGUUAUGCCUCCGACUUCAGCGGGACUACCCGGUACAAUGGCCGCAAAUGCAGCCGAGACGCCGGCAGCGCCUUCGGGCGACACUGGUGAUCUUGCGCAACCCUCAACCCCUACUGCCCGUUCUGAAAAGAACCCGAGCUUUUCAAAUCCCUCCACACUCUCUUCAAGGCGUAGGAACAAUCGGUUUGGUUUUAGGCGGCGCCAGGCUGAAGAGAUUAAGGAUUUGCCAGGUGAGCGCUUUUUGUGCGUCUGUUCGAUGGACGUCUCCAUGGGAACGAUUUCGCUGGGUAUGGUCGACAUUUCCCUGGGUUUGGGAGAGUUGAGGGCGCUUGUUGCGUCGGUUAAUCCGGCUGAGGUCGUCGUCGACGCCACCACCAUAGGCUCAUUGAAUGAGCUGUACGGUAUGACGGUUUACAUGGGGUUCGAGCUGACGUCCUUCAACUGCGCGCACCAAUUCACCCCGGAAAAUGUCGGUAAUAAGGACGCCAAAAUCGCCGAAGUCGACUACGGCGCUUUCGAGGAACGCGCAAAGGCUGCCCUCGGCAGCAGCAACGCUGUCUACGAGAGGUUGAUGCUUCUGCUUCAGCGCUACCUGCGCUCUGUGAUGCUGGAUAAUCUGUUGAACUAUUGCGCGGUCAAGACACUUGGCGGCGACAACUACCAGUAUAUGACGCUGGACGGUGCCGCCCUGACCCAAUUGGAGCUGUUCAAGUCCCAGGAGGGCGACAACUCGGUGUGUCUGUUUGGGUUCUUGAACAAGACGUGCUGCCCCUUCGGCGAGCGCAUGCUGCGUCGCUGGGUGCUGAAACCGCUGAUGAGCGCGAAGCGCAUCAAUGCGCGCAACCUGACGGUAGACUUCUUGAGUCGCAACUUCUCCAUUUGCAGCACUUACCAGGAUCAGUUGUCGCUUCUUCCCGACCUCGAGCGGUCCUUCGGCAAGGUGCUAAACGCCGCUGCUGGCUGCUAUAAGAUGGCAGUGUACUUUGAUGAGGGCGUGUUCACCAAGAUUUAUGAUCUGCAUCUGCUGCUCGCUAACUUCGACCGUCUUCAGCAGCACGUAUCAACGUUCUUCUCCGAGGCUGCGGAGUACGGAGAGCAGUGCCCAGCGCUGCUGAAGGAAAUGUGCUCCAGCGUGUCCAAGGUAACCACACACUGCGAGGAGCUGAAAGCCCGUCUGAGCGUCACCGGGUUGAAGACCUGCAGCAGCCGCCCUGGCGUGUGGAAGGAAUCUGACGAAGUUCGCGGCCGCAUUUCAGCAACAAAGUCGCGUCUAGACGAACUGCUUGUUGAGAUUCAGAAGACUUGCCCAUCGGCUUGCUUCGUUCACACCAAAUUCCGUUACGAGGUCGAGCUCAAUGAACGCGACUACCGCCGUUUGUCCAACAGCGGGAAGUCGCUCGAGGUGACGUCGACAAAGGCAGGCCACGUGCGUGUGCGCACCAACCGCAUAGUAUCGCUGGUGAAUGAGCUGGAGGAGCACGAAUUCGCCCUGACGCAGAGUGAGCUCACGUUCUUCCAGGAUGCAGUGAAGCUGUUGCACGACCGCCGUGGUGUGUUCAGCGGGCUGUUGGUUACCGCCGCGGAGUUAGACUGUCUGUGCAGCCUUGCUUCUGUGGCUAAGCAUGCAGUGAUCCCGUUAGUUCGCCCUGAGGUUUUCGAGCGCGGCUCCUCCGAGCCCUACAUGUAUGUGCGUGCAAGCGCCCACCCCGUUGUGUCGCAACUCACCCCCGACUCCUUCGUGCCUAACGACAUCCAUCUGAACCAUGAGGACUACGGCAGGCUACUGCUCAUCACGGGCCCCAACAUGGGCGGUAAAUCGACUCUACUGCGCCAGACGGCGCUAUGUGCCAUAAUGGCACAGAUCGGCUCUUUUGUGGCUGCUUCGGAAUGCAAGAUGACGGUGGUGGACCGCAUCUACACCCGCUUAGGGGCUUCGGAUAACCUGAUACAGGGCAAGAGCACCUUCUUGGUGGAGAUGGAGGAAGUGUCAUCUAUAUUGCAUACGGGCACUAAAGACUCCCUGGUGUUAGUCGACGAGCUGGGAAGGGGCACUUCGACGUUCGACGCCACUGCCAUUGCUGCCGCGUGUCUGGAGAAGAUCGACUCCAUCGGAUGCCGCUGCUUGUUCACAACUCACUUCCAGGAGGUCUGCGCGUACGCUCUGAGGCUCCCCAAGGUCACGCUGUGCCACAUGACGGCAUCCUUCGACGACGAGGAGCGUACUCUGACGUUCCUGUACAAGCUGGCGCAGGGGCAGUGCCCCGAGUCGCACGGCAUCCACGUCGCUCGUCUCGCCGGAAUCCCCGCCAACGUGCUCGAGAUGGCCGAGAAGGUUUCUAGACGGUUCCGCGCGCAGAAGCGCUCGCCGGCCGCGACGUUGGGGGCGCUGUUAGGCGCACACUCUCGCGGGGACGAGACCAUGCUGCGCGCACUAUACGAGGAGCUACGGCAACCGGAUGGACCGUGA